CUAUAUUUGAAGUUAUAGAGUUUCUUUUUGGAGAUACUCUUAGAUAUGAAUUCAGUCAAAACAUGUAAGCUAUAAGAGUAUUGGUCUUUGAUAGGUAUAUUAGGUAGCAAACUAGUUCCCAAAAAAAAAAAAGGUAGCAAACUAGAAAUUAUUACCAAUGAUAAGUACAUUCUUCAUCAUACUUCAAAUAACCUAUUAAAUUAGAAAAAUAUUUGGAUUAUUAGGUAUUUUAUAAUAUAGUUAAAUUUAUAUAAAUAUAGUAUACAUGUUGAAUCAAUUAGUGCAUGCCAAGUCAUAUGUCACUCCGAUGUAAGAUCAAUCAAUCAAGUAUAACCUAAAAGUUUAUUUUAUACAAGCUAGAGAAGAAGGGAAAGUGUGUGAUAUACAAACCCAUAAAAUAACAAACAAUGCUUUAGAAGGAGCUUUCGCUUGUGUAGCUAUAUACUUUGUAUGAAUGCAUAGUUACAUAUAAUAUAACAUAUAUGGGCACAUACAUAUAUUAUAUAUAAAUGGAAAUGAGGGUUUGUGGAAAAAAAGGUGUUUUAAUAAGAAGCACAGAAGUGAGUGGGGGGGGGGGGGGGGGGGGGGGGGGGAUCUGUAUAUGGAGAUUAUAUAUAAAGAGAAGAAGGUGUUGGUCAUAACUUCACAGUUUUCUCCCAAGAAAAAAAAAGAGAAACCGAAACAGUAAGUGGGGAACCUUGAAGCUAGUUCAAACUAGUGGGAGGUUGAUCCACGUUCUAACUUCAAAUCCAAACUUAAACACAAAUCCAAACCUUAAAAGCAUCAUAUAGAGAUGGUUCGUGGAAAGAUUCAGCUGAAGAGGAUCGAGAACCCGGUUCACAGACAAGUAACGUUCUGCAAAAGGAGAACUGGUCUUCUCAAAAAGGCUAAGGAGCUCUCUGUGCUCUGUGACGCCGAGAUUGGUGUUGUAAUUUUUUCUCCUCAGGGCAAGCUCUUUGAGCUUGCAACUAAAGGAACAAUGGAGGGGGUGAUUGAUAAGUACAUGAAGUGUACUGGUGGUCAUCGUGGUUCUUCUUCUGCUACUUUUACUUCUCAAGAACAAUUUCAACCCCCAAAUCUUGAUCCGAAAGAUAUUGAGGUCAAUGUGCUUAAGAAAGAGGUUGAGAUGCUUCAGAAAGGAAUCAUGUAUAUGUUUGGAGGAGGAGAUGGGGCGAUGAAUCUUGAAGAACUUCUUCUGCUAGAGAAGCAUCUUGAGUAUUGGAUUUCUCAGAUCCGCUCUGCUAAGAUGGAGAUUAUGCUUCAAGAAAUUCAAUCCUUGAGGAACAAGGAAGGAGUCCUCAAAAAUGCCAACAAGUAUCUCCUCGAUAAGAUAGAGGAGAACAACAAUAGCAUAUUAGAUGCUAACUUCGCAACAGUGGAGACUAACUAUUCUUAUAUUCCACUAGCCAUGCCAAGUGAAAUAUUUCAGUUCUAGACCAUAGGAUAUUUGAAGACUAUGUCUUACGAAUUCAAAUAAUCUUUGGUAAGCAUAAUUAGUGUUUUAAAAUCAUGCACAAGUAUAAUAAGGUAUGUGGUACUUGCUAGGCUGUUGAAAAUCUGUUUGUAACUUUUUCCUCUUGUUUUAAAUUUGUUGGUGUGAGCGGCGAAAUGACUAUAAGUGUUGUUUGUAUACUUUGCACUUAAACUCUUUCUAUCUAUGUUUUGAGUUUAUGGAUUA